AUCACUUCUUACUCACCAUCAGAUCCUUUUAUUCUAGUCCGCUAUAUCCUUAUCAGCCCCAACCAUGAUCCCAGCAUCGUAAAGUCGCCCGCGUGCCUUCCUCGACAUGCAGCUUACCCUACUCACAGCACUGUAGCAGGCUCAAUUUCGCGCCUCGAGCUCCUACGAUGGUUUCAAGAGGGCAAGAGAAUUGGGAAAGACUUUGUUUUAGUUGACCUACGUCGUACAGAUUUUGAGGGAGGCACGAUCCGGGGCUCUCUGAACCUCCCAGCACAGAGCUUGUAUACUACUAUUCCGACUCUGUAUUCUAUCAUCUCUCAAGGCAGAAUAGCUAAUGUGGUGUGGUAUUGUGUUCGUGGGGUGCGUGCUGCCAAUUGGUUUGCAGAAUACCUGGAAGAGCAAAAGAGCACAAAAAUAAAGAGUCAUGUGCUAGAAGGGGGUAUUAAGGGAUGGGCGGCAGCUGGUAAGGAUUAUACUCGGUUUAUGGAUGAGUAUGAUGAGUUGAAAUGGGCUAUUAGGAGUCGAACAAUAUUUAAUAACCGAGGGAACCCCCACACGGAGACUUUGUUCCCCGCAGUUUCAUGUUUAUACUAUCCAAUGUCGCUUUCUUCCAACACCUCUCCACCCCCAGACGGUGGGUAUGGCUGGGUGUGCGUGGCUGCAUGCUUUUCUGUAAACUGCUUCACUUGGGGUGCAGUCUCUUCAUACGGCGUGUACUUGGCACACUAUCUCUCGGACAACAUAUUCCCUGAGGCUACUCCCAUGGACUUUGCACUAAUUGGGGGUUUAAAUUUCUCCAUGGCGAUGUUGGUAGCCCCUGCUGUUACAAUCAUCGCUCGCAAAUACGGCACCAAGUUACCGAUGUUGCUUGGUCUGGGCCUUUUGGCAUCAGGAUAUGUCUCUGCAUCCUUUUCGCAAAGAAUAUGGCAGCUCUAUCUGUCACAGGGAGCUUUGCUUGGCUUUGGGGUUGGGUUUAUCUACAUACCGAGCAUUCCAGUUCUCUCUCAGUGGUUUGAUAAGAAAAGAAGUCUUGCCAACGGGAUCAGUGCGGCCGGGUCAGGUAUUGGUGGCUUGAUUUUUUCGUUUAUGGAUGGUUCAAUUAUUCAGAAGAUAUCUCUUGCUUGGGCCCUACGAUUGACAGCUAUUAUCAGUUGCUCAAUACUGGUCAUUGCCAUUUUACUAAUUCGAACUCGCAACGAAGCUAUACAGCCGUCCCAGCGGGGAUUUGACGUGAAACUCUUGCGUCGUUUAGACGUGCUUCUAUUGCUAUCAUGGGCAUUUCUUAGUAUGCUUGGCUAUAUUUGUCUGCUAUUUUCACUUCCGGAUUAUGCACGCUCCAUUGGACUCUCUGACAACCAAGCUACAACUGUUAACGCAAUCCUAAAUUUGGGGACUGCUGUUGGUCGGCCACUAAUUGGUGUUGCCAGCGAUCGUUUUGGCAGGAUCGAGGUCGCCGGCCUCUUGACUUGCUUUUGUGGCGUUACUUGCUUUGUCAUUUGGCUUCCCUCGGCAUUAUAUGGUGUACUUGUUCUCUUCGCUUUCAUUAGUGGGGCUAUUCUUGGGGUCUUUUGGGUUGUAAGUUGGUACAGUCUCUACUUAUUUUACGUGAUCGCCGAACUAAUGUUCCUACUAGACCGUGGGACCUUUAUGUGUUGA